GCCCCAAGCGACUGAAAAACGAAACAUGCGCACUUCAGAGCUAGGAGCUGUCCGAGUGCUGAAAUUUAUAGGCUGGGUAAGAUCACGUCUCCGUCUCUUUCUGUAGCUCUCAUUCCAGCACAGGAUCUCAGCAAUUUUGCCCUCUUCCCCCCUGCCCAUUCCAGCGCGCAGAGUCCUUUCUUCUCUCUCAUUUACAACUUCUUUUAAAAAGAGAACAUUUUCUAGAGAAAAGAGAUUUGCUAAACAGAAAGGACAUAAAACAAAAGCCACAGCAACCCGACUUCCAGCAUGGCAUUGUCACCAGCCCCCUUUGCAUGGUGAUGCGAUUAAGGUAGCGGCAUUUUUAUUAUUUGGAAAAGCAGCUGAGGAAUCCAUCAGUUCUAAGGCUUUGUCUUUCCUUGGUUAACUGAUGGUCCUGAGCCCCGAUUUGACCUGACCAUGAUGCCUAGGACUGGCACUUUUUGUUUUUCCUCAGCAAACUGUACAAGCCCAAAUCUCUUUUUGAUUUCCAAGGAAACUAGAUUCCUGCCAGAUUUCGAAUCUGGACAAUAAAUAGAUACUUUGUCCUAGCUUCUUUCUGGAAUCUUUUCGGGAAUAUUUUCCACAAGCAUCACAGAAACAGGAAUGAACCGGCAGCUAGUGAACAUUUUGACAGCCUUGUUUGCAUUUUUCUUAGAGACAAACCACUUCAGGACGGCUUUCUGCAAAGACCAUGACUCCAGGUCUGGAAAACAACCUUCACAGACCCUAUCGCCUUCAGAUUUCUUGGACAAAUUAAUGGGAAGGACAUCAGGAUAUGAUGCAAGAAUCAGGCCCAAUUUUAAAGGGCCUCCUGUAAAUGUUACCUGCAACAUAUUUAUCAACAGCUUUGGGUCAAUAGCAGAAACUACAAUGGACUACCGAGUGAAUAUUUUUCUGAGACAACAGUGGAAUGAUUCACGGCUGGCAUAUAGCGAGUAUCCUGAUGAUUCCCUGGACUUGGACCCAUCCAUGCUGGACUCCAUUUGGAAACCAGAUUUAUUCUUUGCCAAUGAGAAGGGUGCCAACUUCCAUGAUGUCACCACUGACAACAAAUUGCUUCGAAUUUCAAAAAAUGGCAAAGUACUCUACAGUAUCAGACUCACCUUGACCCUAUCCUGUCCCAUGGACUUGAAGAAUUUUCCAAUGGAUGUCCAGACGUGUACAAUGCAGCUGGAGAGUUUUGGGUACACGAUGAAUGACCUGAUAUUUGAGUGGUUAAGCGAUGGUCCAGUUCAAGUUGCUGAAGGACUGACCCUGCCUCAGUUUAUUUUGAAAGAAGAGAAGGAACUUGGCUACUGCACAAAGCACUACAACACUGGAAAGUUUACCUGCAUCGAGGUUAAAUUUCACCUGGAACGCCAGAUGGGGUAUUAUUUGAUCCAGAUGUACAUCCCCAGUCUGUUGAUAGUCAUUUUGUCCUGGGUCUCCUUUUGGAUAAACAUGGAUGCAGCCCCUGCUAGGGUCGCACUGGGCAUCACCACUGUCUUGACGAUGACCACCCAGAGUUCAGGUUCCAGGGCAUCUCUGCCAAAGGUCUCCUAUGUCAAAGCGAUUGACAUCUGGAUGGCGGUGUGCCUUCUGUUUGUGUUUGCUGCCUUAUUGGAAUAUGCAGCAGUGAACUUUGUCUCCAGGCAACACAAGGAGUUCCUGCGGCUCCGGAGAAGACAGAAGAGGCAGAAUAAGGAAGAAGAUGUUACUCGUGAAAGUCGUUUUAAUUUCAGUGGUUAUGGGAUGGGUCACUGCCUCCAAGUGAAAGAUGGAACAGCUGUCAAGGCCACACCUGCCAACCCGCUCCCACAACCCCCAAAAGAUGCAGAUGCCAUCAAGAAGAAGUUUGUGGACCGGGCAAAAAGGAUUGACACGAUAUCUCGAGCUGCCUUCCCAUUGGCCUUCCUCAUUUUCAACAUCUUUUACUGGAUCACAUACAAGAUCAUUCGGCAUGAAGAUGUCCACAAGAAAUAGAUGUGCCCUUUGGACCCUGGACUUUCUUGCCUAAUUGUUGUGCUUGUAAAUACACAGUGAAAUUGUCUUUCUAUCACUUUGACAGAGGAGAUGACUAAGGGAGGGGGGAGAGAAGAUCAUGAGGGCAGGUUUCCUGGCACGUACAUGAAUAAAGAUAAGUUAUCUGGGCAAUGAUGGAAAAUGUUUGCACAAAAUUAAGGUGUUGCAGAAUCACGUGAGCAUAAUUCCCUUCAUAGUCUUUAGCAUUGUUAUUUCAGGUGAUGUAUUAAUUAGACAGGAUAUGCAAGGUCAAGUGCUUGAGAGCUAUUUGGUUUGGUUUUGACUAAUUCUGGUACUGAAAAGUUAGCUUAAAACACACACACACACACACACACACACACACACACACACACACACAGAAGGAAAAUGCUUACCAUCUGACCAUAGUGACUAGCCUAUAGUGAGUUGAGGACCAAACUUUUUCAGGAAAAUGCUGCCUCGUUUUUAAAACAAGUACCCUGAGCUACGUUCUUUACGGUGUCUGUAAUUAGUGUUUCACCUGAGAAAUCCUUUUGUGGGUUGUAAAUUAUUUCUAUUUAUUGAGAAAACAACAACAAAAAAUAAGCACCAACCACAAAGAACAGAUUUCUACUUUACUGUCCGUGUAGGUGUGUAAUUUAAUAUUAUUUUUUGUUCCUCAGUGUAAUUUGGGGGUUUAAACUGUGUAUUGUGUAAUUGAUUUGAUAGUAUACCCUCUUAAAAAUAGAUGCCCAUCUUAUUUUAGAUCCCAAUCAGCACACUGUAUUUUUUUUGCUUUGACUAUAUUGACAUGCGACUUUAACUGCUCAAGUGUCACUUAGCCAUUGCAGCCUCUCGGCCACAGUAUUUAUGGAGAUGGUAUGUCCUGAACGGUGUAGCUCAUAUUAGCUUGAACUUUCCAUUUCUGCUCUCAUUGUAGGUGUAACUACUAGUCCUAAUGUCAAACGACCAUGAUUUCUACUGUCAAUCCAAGUGAAUAUCGUUUUAAAUAUCCUUAAUUAACUUACAGAAUUUUAAAAUUGUACUGUGAUUUUCAUAACCCGUUGCCUUUUUGGUACCAGAGCUACGUGGUUUGAAUCCUGGCUACAUGUUUUAAGUAAGAAAACAAAUAAAAGACGUAUUUUUGCUUACUCAGAUAAAAGACAACCUGUAAAAAUAUAACGAGAAACUUAAAUUUUACAUGUGCUGUAAAAGGGAUUAUUAAAAAAUAUUUGUUCAAUUUCAAUAAAGCUAAGUGUGCCACAAAA